AUGGGCUCAAAAACCCCUCUCAGACUUCCCGUCAUAGAUUUCUCCAACCAAAGCCUAACUCCAGGCACCAGAGAGUGGAACACAGUGAGAGCCCAAGUCCACAAUGCCCUUGAAGAGUAUGGUUGCUUCGAGGCAUUGUUCACCAAAGUCCCUUCACACAUUCGAAAGUCCAUAUUUCAAUCAAUUGAAGAGCUUCUCGACCUCCCUUUGCAAACCAAAUUAAAAAAUGUUUCGAGAAAACCUUACCGUGGCUAUGCCGGGCAGUUACCCAUGAUGCCACUAUAUGAGAGCAUGGGGAUUGAUGGUGCCAACGUCUAUGAACAAGUUCAAAGCUUGGCAAACACCUUGUGGCCUCAAGGAAACCCAAGCUUCUGCAAAACUAUACAAUCCUUCACGGAGAAAGUUUCAGAAUUGGAUCAGAUCAUCAGGAGGAUGAUUCUGGAGAGCUUGGGCCUUGAGGAGUACUUGGACGAACACCUAAACUCGACCGACUACCUAAACCAAGUCGAUGGGUUAGAAGUGCAAACCAAAGAUGGCAAUGUUGGAAUUUUAAAAGCUUUUGCAUUUGUAUUGGAUUUUCAAAAUGAAAAUUACGAUUUAUUUUGGGUAGAUACAGUUUGA